AUGCAGUUCUGGUCCUUGGAGGGGGCGGACGAGGCGUUUGGCGACUUCGGCCGCAUCGACCGCCUUGACAGCCGGACCGUGGAGCGAGGCCACACCAUGACCUUCGCUUGCUGGCUCUGGACAUGGAACGUCGCGCACGUCCCCACCACGCAGGCGCUCUGGGUGCUCAAGAGGGGAGCGGGCCGCGUCGACGAGAUCAUCGGCUACUCCCCUCCUGAUCGUCGCAUCCCUCCUCCGCCGGGCAUCCGCCGCUACGACAUGCUCAUCCACGUGGAUCGGAUGGAGGACUGGACCCCGCUCUCACCGCGCUCCUCGCACUCGGGACAGAGCAGGAUUCCUUCCUCCUCCGACGAUGACGACGACCGCCCCUUUCCACGGACCGAGCCUGGCUCCUGGGCUGCUGGCGUCGAGGACGGCCAGGCCCCGGGGAAGAGGGCCGCUCCAAGGGCGCCGGCUUCCGGAUGCAGGGGCGGGCCUCGGGUCGACGAUCGCCGCGACCAAGACCGCGACGGCGAGCAAGGUGGGCUGCGGCGCACCUGGAAGGACGCGUUUCUGGGCAACUCUUGCCACGCCAAGGGCAAGGCCACUGACGUCGUCGAGGCCGCUCCCCGGCCACGCAUCAAGGCUCCCUCUGAUCGUCGCCGUGAACACCAGACCAAGGACAGAGGCCACUCCUCGCUCCCACUCCGACCGCGCGAGCCCGCACGCCAGAGCGCCUCCGAGCCUGACCCGGUGGCCCAGUUUUUCUCCUUCCCUGGCGGGCGCGCCCUCUCCCCUCCGCCUCGUACAGACGUCAUGCAGCUGGACAUCGAGAACGCCAUGCGCGACGCGCUUACUUCCCCGCUGGCCUUUGAAGAUGGCGGCCGCUCGCCGCCCCAUGCUUCGACGCGCCGUGGGGCCGUGGCCGGCUUCCCGGAGGACGACAUUCUGCCAUGCAUCGCCAACCUUGACGCCCCUCUCAGCAGCCCUUGCAUCUCCACUCCGGCUCCUGCUGCUCCCCUCUCCGACGGCCAUCCUCGACGCCCCGCCCGCUCCGCCUGUCCGGCCACGCUCUUCAGCCCCUCCAAAAGUGCGGGCCACUUCUGCUCCUUCUCGCCGGAGCACGCGUCCGGCUGCACUGUGCCGGUGGCUCAGCGCGCGGCGCUGCGCCUCGUCCAGGAGCUCGGUGGCCUCGGCCCAAAGGAACGGAUGACUCCGGCGGCGGCGGCGGCUCUGCUCAAGCGCUUUGAGGAGCCUCUGUCCCGUAGCGACAUCAAGGCGAUUGCAAAGCUCACCGGCCUGGACAGUAAGGCCCUGGAAAUCGCGGCCGGGAUGGCCGGCACGGAUGUUGAGGAUGUAGUUUGA